AUGGCCCAUCCCGCCACCAAUAACGAUUCGCCUACCACCUCGACCACCUCGACCACCCCCUCCACCCGGGUUUCCAUAUUCCCCAAUUUCGGCCCGACCUUCCCCUCCUCCAGGUCCUCCAUAUUCCCCAAGUUGCGCCCGAACCCAUCUGACGAGGCUGCCGAAACCGCCGCGCUAAAGCCAGAAAGCCGCCCGCCACAGCCGGACUUAACUGAUAACAAUGUGCUUCUCGCGAUGCUCUACAUGCAGGACAAGGUGUGGUAUUCGAAAAUUUAUGCGGAGGUGGAUGACGCCACGAAGGAAGAAAUGGAAUCUAUCUACGAUAGAGUUAUGAACGAUCCCGCUACUCCCGCCGAGCUGAAAUCGUAUGCUUUAGCCUUAGCUAAGCUCUGGGGAGUACUCCCUACUAACUUUGUCAUGGCGGUCACCAAGCCUCCCUUCCAGAUUGCUAUCUGCAAGAUUCAGACUAUCACGCAAGCCCUGGAAGAGCUUAGCCUGGGUGAUGGCUCCAGUAUGCCACUCACUACCGGCGGAAACACGGCCAACAAGAACAGCCAGGCCGCUCCAUCUAGCUCCGAGCCAACUUUUCCUGCCACCUCAAACAAUAUCAACGACAACCCAUUUCUGUUCCCGAGACGUUCUUGGGGGAACGGAAGCGGCGCUUCGGCUUUGGCUUCGAGCUCGACGAACAUCGCUCCCCACUGUCCCAGCACUAUCGAUGCUCCCAUCAUAUCUGGUGACUCCACUAUCAAUAUUCCAUCACCUCACACGUCCGGAAAGGGCACUCCAGUGUCUCCCGCCUUCCACCCCCACCUCGAGGGCGUGUACUACGCCUCGCCUGAUCCCGCCAUCCCCCCCGUCGUCUACCAGAACAUCUGCAUUUCGCUCGAGUGGGCUGAUUUGUCGAUGGAGGAGCUGAGAAUAGCCGACUACGAGGCGGGCUGGAAGUUUCCCGACCAGAAGUGGAGGUAG